AUGGCUGCAGAUAUUACUCAGUAUCUAUUGGCAGCUCAAUCAGCAGAUGCAGGAAUUCGUACUCAAGCAGAGUCUGUUCUGAGGCAAUUUCAAGAGCAAAACCUUCCUGGUUUUCUUCUGUCAUUGUCAGAUGAGCUAGCCAACAAUGAAAAGCCAAUCGAAUCCCGGAGGUUGGCUGGUAUUAUUUUGAAGAACUCCCUGGACGCUAAAGAUGCUGUUACAAAGGAACGUCUUGUGGAGCAAUGGAUGGCUGUUGAUAUUGCUUUUAAAUCCCAAAUCAAGGAAAGGCUCUUACUGACACUUGGGUCAUCUGUGCGAGAAGCUAGGCACACCUCUGCUCAAGUUAUUGCCAAAGUUGCUUCUAUCGAUAUUCCUCGGAAACAGUGGCCUGAGCUAAUUGCAUGUUUGCUUAAUAACAUGACUAAGGGAGAUAGCUCUGGUGAUUUGAAACAGUCAACCUUGGAAACUCUUGGUUAUGUUUGUGAGGAGAUAUCCCCUACUGAACUUGGGCAAGACGAGGUGAACUCGGUUCUUACUGCUGUUGUGCAAGGAAUGAACCAUGCUGAGAACAAUCCUGAUGUCCGUCUUGCUGCAACAAAGGCUUUAUAUAAUGCCUUGGAGUUUGCUGAGUCAAACUUUCAAAAUGAGAUGGAGCGAAAUUACAUCAUGAAGAUGGUCUGUGAAACAGCCUUGUCGAAAGAAGUGGAGAUUAGGCAGGCGGCUUUUGAGUGCCUUGCUUCAAUUGCUUCUACAUACUAUGACGUGCUGGAGGCAUACAUGCAGACUCUCUUUGAGCUUACUUCAAAUGCUGUAAAGGGGGAUGUAGAGGCUGUUGCCCUCCAAGCAAUCGAGUUUUGGAGCUCCAUUUGUGAUGAAGAAAUAGAAUUGCAAGAGUAUGAGAGUGCUGAUGUUGGGGAUUCUGGGUAUCCGCAUUCACGUUUUAUUGAAAAAUCUCUGUCAUAUUUGGUUCCAAUGCUGCUGGAAACUUUGCUGAAGCAGGAAGAAGAUGUAGACCAGGAUGAUAACAUCUGGAGCAUCUCCAUGGCUGGUGGGACAUGCCUGGGACUUGUUGCAAGAACUGUUGGUGAUGCAAUUCUUCCCCUUGUGAUGCCAUUUGUGGAGGCUAACAUUGUGAAGCCAGAUUGGCGUUGUCAGGAAGCUGCUACUAUGGCAUUUGGCUCAAUCCUUGAAGGCCCAACCAUUGACAAGCUAUCAGUACUUGUCCAUUCAGGUUUGGAUUUUUUAUUGGUGUUAAUGAAAGAGGGAAACAAUCAUGUCAAGGACACUACUGCCUGGACUAUUGGCCGUAUAUUUGAGUACCUGCACAGUCCUGCCAGUGGCUUUUCUGUUAUUUCUUCAGAUAACCUUCCAAAAGUAGUGGAAGUACUGUUGGAAAGUAUCAAGGAUGCUCCAAAUGUUUCUGCUAAGGUUUGUUGGGCGAUAUAUAAGCUUGCUGAGGGGUACGAAGAUGCUGGAAGUCUCUCAUCACUUUUUACGCCUUAUAUACAUAGGAUCAUCGAAAGUCUUCUCUUUGCUGCUAGUCGCACAGAUGUGGAUGAUUCUAGAUUGAGGUCUGCUGCCUAUGAAUCAUUGAACGAGGUAGUGAGGUGUUCCAAUAUCAAAGAAACAUCACAUAUUAUGCGAGAACUACUCCUUGUGGUUUUACUGAAGUUGAGUCAGACUUUAGAGCUUCAGAUUGACAAGGAAAAGCAAGCAGACUUGCAGGCUUCUCUUUGUGGUGUUCUCCAGGUUAUAAUCCAGAAAGUCAGCAGUGCUGAUGAUUUGGAAACCAGGUCUAUCAUAUUAUCAGAAGCAGAUAAGAUUAUGGUUUUGUUUCUUAAUGUCUUUGCUUGUCGAAGUUCCACGGUGCAUGAGGAAGCAAUGCUUGCUAUUGGUGCCCUUGCUCAAGCUACUGGAUCUGAGUUUGGCAAGUACCUUCCUGAGUUCUACAAGUAUUUGGAGAUGGGAUUGCAAAAUUUCCAGGAAUAUCAAGUCUGUUCCAUUACAGUUGGUGUCGUUGGUGACAUUGUUCGUGCAUUGAAUGACAAGGCGUUGCCAUAUUGCGAUGGGAUUAUGCAACUUCUGCUGGCAAAUCUUUCCAGCGAAGCACUCGACCGGUCUGUGAAGCCUCCAAUAUUCUCUGUCUUUAGCGACAUAGCUCUCUCAAUAGAGGAGAAUUUUGAGAAGUAUGUUCCCUAUGUGGUGCCAAUGAUGCAGAGAGCUGCAGAGCUUUGUGCUCAGAUGGACGCCAAUGAUGAUGAGCUAAUGGAGUACGGUGACCAGCUUAAGUGUAGCAUAUUUGAAGCUUAUUCUGGUAUACUUCAGGGAUUCAAGAAUUCAAAGUCUGAGGUCAUGUUGCCCUAUGCACCACAUCUCUGGCAGUUCAUCGAAUUGGUUUUGAGGCAGAAGCACAGGGAUGUCCAGCUGACAAAAGCCGUAGCUGCUGUGAUGGGUGACCUUGCAGAUGUUCUUGGCACAAACACAAGGCAACUGUUUGCAGACCUGAAAACCUGUGCAGACUUUUUGGGUGAGUGUCUUGGAUCUGAUGAUGAUGACCUGAAGAAAACCGCUUCUUGGACUCAGGAUAGGAUUAAGAGCAUCCUUGUUUCUUGAGUCAAGGCUGGUUCUUUUGUAAGUGCUGGUGGCCUCGGUGAAUUGUAAUGGUGUCAAGGAAGUUAGGAGUUGCUUAGAUAAUGAAUCUCUCUUUUGCAUUCUUGGGGUAAGUUCUGUGACGUUUGGAGUUUCUUUUUUCUAUUUUGAGAACCAACUCUAUUGAGGUCACCAUGGAGGUAGCCUGUUUUACUAUUUUCGAACUCUGUUUAGUGUAAUGCAUCAUCCACUGAUCAGUGGGUUUGAGUCAGCCUAUGUUUCUCACUCUAUUUUCUUGCUCUAGUUCCUUUUUAUGAAGAAAUAUAUGCUGUUUUUCCUGUU